AUGCAGACAGAGAGCGAGGAGGCCUUGCAGACUCGCCGCGAUCUGGAGGCAGUCUGGGGAGGGACCCAGACGUGGGCAGCGCAGCAGGAGAAGGAGAAGGAGAAGGAGCAAGAGAAAGCCGCCGAGGCCGGCACGGACAAGCGGGAUGGCGAUGCGGACCAGGACAGACCGCAGAAGUGGCGCAAGGGACCAUCCACCAGUUCCUGGGAGGGAUGGGACAAUCGCGGAAAACGACCCUGGCAGGGUCAGGACAAACCCCAGAAGGAGGCGGCCGAGAGCGAGCAGACCCAGGAGCUCAUCAAGUGCCUCGUCAAGAUGACGGUGCGCCACGAACAGGAGCUCAUGCGCAUCCGGCCGGACGUGGGCUUCAUCGGUUUCUGCGACACGACCGAAAUGGGAUGCAUCCCACUCCUGAAGCAGGUCUCGGAAAACUGGGCAGACCUGCACAGCAAAGGCCAGGUGACCACCGGCCUGAAGACCAUCCUCGAACGCAUGCAGCGAUGCCUGAACGUGGGCUGGGCGCUCCAGAGCGAGUGUGCUUUGAAUCCAGCCUGGGUCUACCACACCUGGGACGCCAAGGAGAAGAAGCAAGUGGUCUCAACAGACCCACCUCUGAAGCACGCCGAAGCCCUGAGGUUGAUCGACGUUCUGAUCGAGGACCUAGCAAAGGAAGGUGUGCUGACUCGAUUCGGAUCGACCAAACAGCAGAUCCUGCAGGAGAAACCCACCACGGAGGUGAUCCCAAUGAUGCUUCAGCUGAGCUUGAGAGGGCAGGCCAGCGACCUGUGCUACGACGCAAUGAAGAAGCUGAGCGGGAAUGCCAUAGUCAAGCUGCAAGGGGUGCGAUGGAGGCCGGAACGGGCUCACAAGCCGCCUCUAGCCAUGGCUCUGGAGGAAGCCUACCUGGCAGUGCCAUACUGCGACUGGUCUCGCCGAGAUCACCAGGGCUCGUGGGACCUUACGCCUUUCCCGGCACGCCUUGUCAAUAGGACUGGCCUCUGUUAUGCCAACAGCACUCUCCAGGCGCUCCUGUGGCUUUCCGAAAUCUCGGGCACUGAUUUCGGGCAAUUGCAGCAAGGCCGGCGCCUGCUACGCACUAAUCAAGCCAUUUGCCUACCUGACUGCUUAAGCCUACGACGACUGUUUGCUGGAUGGAUGCGUCUCCAUCAACAGCACGAUGCAGGAGAGUUUUUGGCUCACUGCCUGCACACAGCGCAGGCUGAGGCCUGGGAAGGUGGUUGGCAAGCGCGCCUUGAAAACCCUGACAAUAUCACUGACUCAGGCACGCUGCUGCAAGCUAUUCCACUUCAUCUGCCAGGCGCCAACCCCCAAGCCCUAGUAGACAAGUGGCAUGGGCAAUUCAGUCGACAUGCUCUGACACAUCACAGCGGCCUUGUCUUUCUGCAGUUGUGUAGAUACACAGAGGGUGCCGAUAAAGAUAAAAGUGUGCUUCGCGUUCGGCCAGGAGACUCAAUCGUCCUGCCCAUUUUCACACAAGCAGUGGGCCUGACGGCACGCCAUGAGACCUUUCAGGUUGCAGUCAUAAUCUACCACCUAGGAGAAACCUCAACCAGUGGCCACUACCUUACCUUACUGGGAGUGCGGCAAUCAGACAGAUGGGAUUACUACGUCAGCGAUGAUAAUAGGCCUCCCCGUAAAGCUAAGUCCCGGGACCUUCAAUUGGUAGACCACAAUGCUUACCUGAUAGGCCUCAUGCGGAGUCUGUAG